AUGGCUAUCCAAAACCAAGUUACUCCCAGGUCGGUCGAAGGUGAUGUCGACGAGAAGGAGGCGCCAAUUGUUCUGGCUGAUUUUUAUCCGAAAAAAGAAGACCAUUCACGCACUGUGGUUUUGCCGGCGUGGCGUGAUGCUGACCUGCUACAGUACGCGAAGUUAACGAACUGGGUUAUCGAAACAGGUCUGCGGCAGAUCAAGCGGCAGGAUACACCAUUUCCAAAACUUGUUAAGGAGCAUGAGAGACUGCUGUUUCGAAGGAAAUGA